AUGAGUAUGCUCAAGCUACAGAAGAGGCUUGCCUCCAGCAUUCUCCGAUGUGGUAAGAAGAAGGUCUGGCUGGACCCCAAUGAGACCAAUGAAAUCCCCAAUGCCAACUCCGGUCAACAGAUCCGGAAGCUGAUCAAGGAUGGGCUGAUCAUCAGGAAGCCUAUGACUGUCCAUUCCUGGGCUCAACACUGGAAAAACACUUUGGCUCGAUGGAAGGGCAGACAUAUGGGCAUAGGGAAGCAGAAGGGUACUGCCAACGCUCGAAUGCCUGAGAAGAUGACCUGGAUGAGAAGGAUGCAGAUCCUGCACCAGCUUCUCAGGAGAUACCGUGAAUCCAAGAAGAUUGACCACCAUAUGUAUCACAGCCUGUAUCUGAAGGUCAAGGGGAAUGUCUUCAAAAACAAGCAGAUUCUCAUGGAACACAUCCACAAGUUGAAGGCAGACAAGACCCCCAAGAAGCUCCUAGCUGACCAGGCUGAGGCUCGUAGGUCUAAGACCAAGGAAGCCCGAAAGCACCAGGAGAAGUGUCUCCAGGCCAAGAAGGAGGAGAUCAUCAAGACUCUGUCCAAGGAGGAAGAGACCAAGAAAUAAAGCUUC